AUGGAAGGUGUGCUAUGCCGGUCGGGAAAAGUCUUUCGAGACGCAUACAAAAUAGUAGGGACGUCGCCCCUAGUACCUGUAUUUUUGUCUCUGACAUAUCUCACGAAGAGCAUUGGCAGUGACUACUAUGCAUACAGCGUGGUUGCAUCGGGCAUACUGCUGGGGCUUUCAAUCUACAUAGUGGGAUAUAUGAAAGAAAAGCGAAAUGAGGAGCAGAUGAGUACGCUAGGAGACAUGUCGAGGGGGGUGUCUAAGAUGCUGUCUGAUGCAGCGGAGGUGAUUGUACUUCUUUCGAAAUACACGGUGCUGCUUAUUACAGUGGAUGUGUUCAUUAACACGCUUUUUGUGCGUUUUCCGUUUAUGGAGGAGAUACGAGGUUCUAUCUCCAUAUAUAGGAUUCUGUUUGGACUAGGUCUGGCACUUGUGGGCCUAACGAUAUAUGUGGUGUCUACGUUCUUCAAGAAGACGUUUCUUGCGGUAUCUGUAGUAGCAACGCUGGUUAUGGCAAUAAUGCUGGCCAUGUGCUACUUAUUGGGCGUGAAUUCUGUUUUCCACAGGCAAGACAAUGUGAAAGACGAUUCUUUAUCGUCGUUUUUCUGGAUCACUGCAGUUACGCUGUACACGAUGGAGUUUGUGUCAGGAGGAGUGAAGAUGGUGAAUGAGUCAAGACACAGGGAACUGAAUAAGUAUGUGGCGAUUGCAAGUGCAUCGAUAGUAUCUAUACUGCUCCUUGUAUUCGUGUAUGCUGCAGAGUGGAUGAGGACGGCCAACAACUCUCUGGAUAUCUUGAAACUUGUGUUUCUGAGAUCAUCGAAGCUGAACGAUUACCUAAAGGAAUACACGAUUGACAAGUACUGCCUUACAUCGAGCAUAAUGUGCAUAUGCAUACCUGUUGUGUGUGUGGCAAUGUUUGCAAUACAGUUUGAUGUGUUUAUUGGGUCGUUUAAGAAUCUGGCAAAUACAAAGGACGACAACAAGAUACUGCUGUUGUCUCUUGCAGUUCUUGGGAUGAUUUUCAUACAGGUGCUAUUCAACGAGGUAUUUGGUGCAUUCCACUUUUACUUGGCACUUGUAGUUGUUGGAAUGACACCACUUCUGGCAUACCACCCGUACAUAUGCUAUAUCGUCACAUCGAAGAAAAUCACGCUUUUUACAGCAGUUAGCGUUCUUGCAAUAAUAUUUAUAUGUGGUGUUCUUGUGGGAACAACAAAAACACUGAUAGAUAUGGCGCGAAUAAGCUAA